UCCAGAGGAAGAAGGGCGAGUCUCCUUUUUCCCUUCUCCACUGAGGAGGCAGGGUCAUGCAGAUUAGUCUUCUACUGCCCCCUGUCCGCAGCUUGGGGAGGUGGGGCUUGUGUGCAGACUUGGGGAGGCGGAGCUUGUGUGCAGCCUGGGGAGGUGGAGAUAAAGCUGUGCAGGGGUGGGGGAUAUGCAGAUGACCUAAGCAGCUGCAGGCUGGAUGCAAACCCCCCUCGGAUUGCGGUUUGGGUUGCUGCAGCUACAGCGCUCCACCUCCCUCCUUGGGGUUCCUUGUCCUCCGAGGAUCUUCUUAGGGACUAGGAACCCCCAAUCCCUCCUCUAGCUCCUGUGCCAGUUGCCUGGUACCCCAAAACAAUUCUCCCCGCUUCUAGAUGCAUCCCCAUUUGUCUCUCCGUCCCCGGGAUCUGCUUCUACCAACCUAACUCCUGGGCCCUUCUGUUCUCAUCCUGCCCCCCAUGUUCCCCUCCUUGGGUCUGCUCCAGUCAACUCUCCGUCUCCGGUCCGCUUGGCUUCCUCACUCGUCCCCUAGUCUUCGCAGAAAACUGAAUCUGGACGACCUUCGCCUCUGGUUUGCCCCUACCCCUGCUAGCCCCAAGCUUCAGCCACGUCUUAUCAUACCUCUACCCCUCGUUCCUACUCCUUCCUUUCUGCCCUCUUCCCCUUGAAAUCACCCCGAUUUCUCGAGGAUUCUGUUUUCCUUCUCUCCUGAGCCGGAAUGCAGGUGUCCAUCGCUUGCACUGAGCAAAACCUCCGCAGCAGGAGCAGCGAGGACCGUCUGUGCGGACCCCGACCUGUCCCUGGGGGCGGGAGCGGCAGUGGAGUUACCAGCAGUCACGGAAAUCCUUCAGGGGGAGGGGGAAACGGCCCCAAGGCCCGGACUGUGCCAGUCGCACGACCCCUCGGUCCUGCAGCUGUGACCCACUCGGGGGCCCUACGAGAGAGCGCCGGCCGAGGCACCAGCAUGAAGUACAGGAAUUUGGGAAAGUCUGGUCUUCGAGUAUCCUGUCUUGGCCUUGGUACCUGGGUCACAUUUGGGUCUCAGAUAUCAGAUGAGACCGCAGAGAAUCUGAUGACUGUGGCAUAUGAGCAUGGAGUAAAUCUGUUUGACACAGCUGAGGUGUAUGCAGCAGGAAAGGCAGAACGAACACUGGGCAAUAUCCUUAAGAGCAAGGGUUGGAGGAGAUCCAGCUAUAUCAUCACUACCAAAAUCUUUUGGGGAGGACAGGCAGAGACAGAAAAAGGCUUGAGCCGAAAACACAUCAUUGAGGGCUUGUGGGGCUCCUUGGAACGGCUUCAACUGGGAUAUGUAGAUAUAGUCUUCGCCAAUCGCUCGGAUCCCAACAGUCCCAUGGAGGAGAUUGUCCGGGCCAUGACUUUUGUCAUUAAUCAGGGACUGGCACUGUAUUGGGGGACAUCUCGCUGGGGUGCUGCAGAAAUCAUGGAGGCCUACUCAGUGGCACGACAAUUCAACCUGAUUCCCCCUGCAUGUGAACAAGCUGAGUAUCACCUGUUUCAGAGGGAUAAGAUGGAAACACAGCUGCCUGAGCUCUACCACAAGAUAGGUGUUGGAUCAGUGACUUGGUCCCCUUUGGCCUGUGGUGUUAUUACUAGCAAGAAUGAAGGAAGAAUUCCAGAGACCUGCCGAGGUACCAUCAAGAGCUACCAGUGGCUUAAGGACAAAGUACAGAGUGAAGAUGGCAAGAAGCAACAGGUCAAGGUCAUGGAUCUGCUCCCCAUUGCUCAUCAACUAGGCUGCACAGUGGCUCAGCUUUCUAUUGCCUGGUGUCUCCGGAGCGAGGCUAUUAGCUCCGUCCUGCUGGAGGUGUCCAACACAGAACAGCUGAUGGAAAACCUAGGGGCCCUGCAGGUUCUGGCCCAGCUGACGCCCCAGAAGGUGUUGGAGAUCCACUGGCUCCUGGGAAACAAACCGCACACCAAAAAAUAGUGACAGCCCCACCCCCUCCGGCCAGGCGCAGGCACAUUCGCAGCCAGCACUGCGCUCUUCCCUAACCCGCGCCAGCACCAGCAGCUCCAGCUCGCACAGCAGCCAGGCGGCCCCAAAGGCAAACUGAUGCAUCCCAAGCUCCUGCGGGAAUGCCCUCAAGGAUCCCGCCCACCAAGGAAUUCCAGCUACAUGCAUGAUUUUAUAAGCCAUAUCCUGCCACAGCAUGGCUGGGAAAGGAAAGUAGUUCGCCAUCUCCCUAUCCUCCCGUACAGUCUUUGGAGUCUCUUCCCGGCACAUAAGCGUCUCCCGGUCAUGAGUUGGGGGAGGGAGGGGUAUCCCUUUUUCGCCCCACUCAGCACUUUUCCUCCUUUUCCCCCGCCUCUCACCCCCAAAACUGCCCAGAGGCCUUGAGAGAACCCUUCCUCAGAUAAUGAAGAUUGCAUGACGUCACCGGAGAUGGGAAGAGUUCUGCUGGCCGUACAAAAGCCAACAUAGAACGGUUUCCAGAGAAGGGAACUCAAGGAAUAGACAAGUCCUUGUGCUGGGAAGUGAAUGCGGUCACUUGACUUGUCCAGGGAUCCCAAACUGGACCGUGGUGGUGCCAUCACAUUGAGACACCAUUAGAGCUGUUCACAGGAAGCCAUCAAAAGGCAUCGAGAAAGCCAGUCCCGGAACAGAGCGGGUCUCCCUCACAUGUGAAUUUAUGCAUCGCCUUGUGGGGAUACAUAGGAGUCAGGCCUACAGACUUGGGAGGUGGAAUAGAGCAGGAAGUGGGCGAUGAUGAUGUCACAUGGGCACAGGUGGAAACUGACAUGGUAAACAUGGCAUCCUUUCACACUCAUGCUGAGGAGUGGGACCUCAUAGAAUGGCCCCCAAGUGAUGGGUUUUCAGAAAUGGAAAGUGCUGCUUGAGUAUCAGCAGUAGCAAACCUACCUUUACCUCCUUGCAGUAAUCCUAAAGCAAUAAUAAUGGGCCUUCCCAGGGAAAAUAAAGGCUUAGCUUCUUC